GCGGUCAGCGGGCCGGGGCCCGGACCAUGUCCCGAAAGCAGGCGGUGAAGGCCCGGCCCGGCCCCGGCAGCGGCGGCAAGAAGGCCGAGGCGGAGCGGAAACGGGACGAGCGAGCGGCGCGGAGAGCGCUGGCCAAGGAGCGGCGCAACCGGCCCGACCCCCGGCCCGGCCCCGGCCCCCGCCCCGGUCCCGAGGACGAGUUCCUCAGCUUCGCCAACCAGCUGCAGGCCCUGGGGCUCAAGCUGCGAGAAGUGCCGGGCGACGGCAAUUGUCUGUUCCGAGCCCUGGGCGAUCAACUGGAGGGGCAUUCACGCAGUCAUCUCAAACACCGCCAGGAAACUGUUGACUACAUGAUAAGACAGCGGGAGGAUUUUGAGCCCUUUGUGGAGGAUGACAUUCCCUUUGAGAAACAUGUUGCCAGUUUGGCAAAACCUGGUACUUUUGCUGGCAACGAUGCUAUUGUAGCCUUUGCAAGAAACCAUCAAAUGAAUGUGGUGAUUCAUCAGCUUAAUGCUCCUUUGUGGCAGAUUCGUGGUACAGAUAAAUCCAAUGUAAGAGAGCUGCACAUUGCAUAUCGGUAUGGAGAACACUACGACAGCGUGCGGAGAAUAAAUGACAACUCCGAAGCUCCUGCCCAUCUGCAGACUGAGUUCCAGAUGCUUAGUAAAGAUGAAGCAAAUAGGCGAGAGAAAAUCAAGCCAAAGAGGGAAGAGUUCGAAGAGGACUUGAAGGAUGAAGCGGAAGACGCUGCUCAGAAAGAUGUGAAUUUAAUAGUCCAGAACCUGGAAACUGAGAAUUACAACAUUGAAUCUGCAAUACUGGCCAUGCUUCAGAUGAACCCAGGGAAAAGAAAUACUCCAUAUCUUUCCUCGGAAGAGUCCGAAGAGAAACUGGAGCCCGACAGCCAAACUCAGAAACUACGCGGUCCUUUAUGGGAGGAGAGCGGAAGUGGAGCCAAAACCUCUGGAAGCCAAGGCUCAAGUGAAGGUGGAACAGAAAACAACAAGAUUCAGCGUAGCCCGACUGAAGAAAAUAAAGCAAAUAAAAGCCAGCUCCCAAAGGUAACGAGUAAACAAAAGAAAGAGCAGCAGCGCCUGGAAAAGAAGAAGAGACAGGAAGAGAAGCAUCGCCAGAAAGCCCUGGAGAACAGAAGUAAUAAUACAGAUAAUAACAGAAGUGAGACGGAUGCUAAUACCCAAAUCACCUUAGUGAAGACCUUUGCGGCUCUGAACAUUUGACUCUGUGGGCGUGAGGCAUUUUUAGUAAGCUGAAGGAAAAGGAAUCGUUGAACCCGGAGGUGUCCCAAGCUUUCCAGCGAAGCCAUCUUUAAACACAACAAUAGUUUGUCUCCAGCUCUUUUUUCUAAACCGCUUCCUUAAUGCAUGCUUUUUCGUGUUUGUUUUUGUUUAACUUAUUUUUCUUUAACCACAAGUGCAGUACAAACCUUAGCUGUUACAUCACCGAGGACUUCAGCUGAUGAGGGAGAUUAGGCCAGGUGAAAAAAAAUUGAAAUGUGGCUUGUCUCGUACUACACUCUGAGUUCAGUGGUCUUGGGCUCUUUCAUUAGCAUCUGAGGGGGCGAGUUUUCCUGUAUUAUUGUUAAUACUGUAGAUUCAUAGUUAAAAAUCCAAGAAUGACCAGUCUCUUUUCUUUUACCCCUCAGUUUUUAAGGAUUAAUGACAGGGUAGUUUGUAAAUGAUCUCCAACUCAGGAACAAAUUUAGAUUUCACUUUUUCUUCUAAUCCAAACUGCUUAAAACAGAAUUCAGGAAAUCUUUUCCAGAGCUCUUCAACAGGAUGAAAAAUCAGUCUGUAUUUCUCCACCUUCUACUGUAAUGUUUCCGCCUGGAUGCAGAGUCUCUCAGUUCUGUUGCAUUCAAGCCAUACGAUAAAGACUCGUGACUGUUAACGACGCUUGGGCUGUGCAGGAAAACCAGGGCUGUUUGAUGUAUCUUUUUUUGAGUAGGUGUCUUGCAGAUGAAUAGAUGGUUUGCUAUUGUUUACAGGAGAUUGCUGGGGUUCUGAAAUGCUUGGUGCAGGAGCCUCCUUUUACCAAACUGCUUUCGUAGAAUAAGAGGGGUGUAGGAUUUCCUGAUUUAUUUCUGGGGAAAAGCUUCUCCCAAAAUGAAUUCUGUGAAUCCAAAGCCUCUUUUAUGAGUUGCGAUCCAGGGUAUCCAAAGACUGGCAUUUAAAAAGCAACAACAGAAAGUCAUUUGGGCACCUGGAAUUCCUUUUCCUCUCUUUCAGAUAUAGAAAGCUGCUACCUAGGUUUCUUUAGCAUUAUGAAAACUAAGCUUAGUGGGUAGUAUAAUUACUUUUUCUUUCCUCGUAACCCCUGUUUGGGAUUUUUGAGGUCUAAAACUUCCCCCACAGAGGUCUGAGUAAGUUGGAGCCAGGCGUUCCGGUUAGACAUCUUUGUCAAUGCCUCUGACCUGGGUCAUUGCAAGUCUGAUUCUACACUAGUGUGGAUAGGUUGGAAAAAGAGAAGAGGUGGCAGUACCCAGGUUUUUUAGAUGUAUGGAGAGUAGGAUUUUAAAAGCUGAAUAUGUGGACUGACUCAUCUCUGACAAACUUCAUUUUCGGGGCUAACGUUUGGCUACAAGUCAUGAGUUAAGUGACAUUAUUUGCAGGUCAGAUUCUUUAAGAAACAAUUCCAACAGCUAUAAAAAGUCCCAGUAGGGGGAAAUCUACAAGCAAUAUUUGAUUUGUAUGCAUAUAGUCUAGGCCGGCCCUAGAUUCAUGGGAUUAUACCUUUUUUUAACAACUGGAUGGAUCCCCGCUUUCUGAUGUUUGUUCAUUUUCUUUGUCCAAGCUUUUGAUGAAUUGCACUGUAAUUAUGAAUCAUCUCAUGGGGGCUUUUUUUGGAGGGUUGGUUUUUUUUUCCCCAGAAGGGGGUGGUUUGGGACCUUUUCAGAAUACAGCGUAAUGUUUUUCAGGUUUUUUAAAUAGUUCACGGGACACGGACUGUGCAUAUUGAUCUCAUUUACAACCUUCGCCUCUGCAUAUUGCAGAAUUCCCUGCAUUUACUAGCCUCUACUUCCUUAUCCCAGCUCUUCUAGAAGUCUGCCUUUAAAUAAGUUCUUUUCUGGACACUCUAGCCUUGAGGACAUGUGCUGCUGGUGCCCUUCUCUGGAACAGAGCUCUUUCUGAUUUGAACUGCCCUCCUUUUGCGCUGGAUGGACGACCCAGCCGGAAAGCAAAAGGGAGACUGGUGUGUGGAUCUUGAUCGGUCAGAGGUAACUGAUUAAAAGGAACUUCGCCAAGACACGGUAGAGGAAGCUCCGUCCCUGCUUCACUGGCCGCUACGUCCAGGAGAGACGUAAGGGAGAAAUCAUGCUACGUUGUUCAGUACGAUCGGGAAGGAGAUAAUGGACCAAAGUGAGUGUGGCGAUUCCUGUUGCUCAAACUCCUGGUCGGUGUAGGAAGUGCCAACAGGGAUUAAGGGGGUGGAUUGUGAUUGUUGGCAUGUGCUUGCAGUUCCUGCUAUAAGAUUUGCUCCCUGGAUGAGUGUGUUGUUGCAUAAAGUGAAAACAACCUGGCAGAAGUGUACGCUCUAAGGAUGGGCUUCAGUAACCCCAAUUAGUUGCCACACUGAGCUGCAGAAGGGGUUGGGGGCCGGGCGGAGGGGGGUUGGAGCGUGGGCAGGAAACAUGAGGAUGGCAGAUGCUGUCUGGAGAAAGUUGUGGCCCUAAUGGAGCUGCUGCUGCCUUCCUUCUGGGACUAUGUCUGUAAAUCUGGCGACUGCCAUUCCGCCCCUCUUACUUUCUUGCUCCCGAUAGCACCCAACUGCGAUGGUAUCAGGAAGUAUCUCCUGCCACCUCAGAAGUGGGUAUCCCCUCGAGUCACACAAACCAGGUAGUUUUUCUUCCAUAAGUCCUGAAAGCACUUCUAUAGCCAUAUCAAGAUUUUAAAAAGCAUACUGUUCCUGGAGUGCAGCAAGAACUGGACUAGGGAGAGGAGAAAUGAGCGUAUUAUUUGGAUAAGCUACUCCAGGGAAGUCCUUGAAUGUGAAUCAGUCAGAUUUUUUGAGCGCUUACUGUGUGCAGAGCGCUUGUGAAUGUGUUUUAAAGGAGAAAAUUGUAUUUUUCCCUCUACUAAGCGUGCAUAGGCUGGCCUGGCCGGCUGGCCAUGGUGCUGGGGAAGUUCUGGAUUUUAGCGUGGGAAAUCUACACUGUGAAUGCUCGUUUAGCAGAGAUGUUAGGCCGUGUCAUGGCUUCCAUUUCUACACCUUUCUUCUUUCAGAAGAACUCCCUAAGUCUCUGCUAGGGUUUUACCCCAUUCAGAUUUAGAACUCCUCGAUGGAGUGGAUGCAGCGAUAAUCAGUUCAACCUCCUGAAAAUGUAAAAUACCAUAACUGCUGAGAUCCUUUUCCCCUCUGAAGGUACCGAAAGGGACUCUGAGUUGAAAGUAGCUUUGGAAAGUCAUUCUUGCCCAAAAGGUCCUUUCAGGGUUGGAAGAGAGUAGAGUUUAAUGACUUCAUUUGUUGGGCCAGUGACUGUCUCUCCCUCCACAGUGGUCAUAAAAAUAGAAAUUGACCUAUCUCCCUUGAGGUUAUAUCGGCGCUUGAACUCUGAAUCCGCCAGAUCAAGUCCAUCAAUUUUUCUCGUGUUUUGCUGCCUCUCCGAUUCUUUCUGCCAUUCUCCAUCUUGUGUUUCCCACCACUGAGGCACUGAAAUGGAGUGUUUCAAAUAAGUGUGGGAUCAGUAAUACAGAGUCUUUCCCUACUAGAUUAUCUUGUGGAAUCCCACCACAGUUCGUCAGGAAGGGAAGGCAACCUGUCAACAAUUAUGUGAUUCCCCUGGGAAGCCAAUUGGUACAUCUGGCUGUAGUACCUUCUGACAAGAACGUUCAUAUUUGGUGUCCUUCACCUCAGAUCGAGGCCCGUAGACCGUUUCAUCCUAACCCCGGUCCCUUCACCGUUGCUUGAGGGACACGGUGGAAUGGCGUCCAUGCCGAAAACCUGUGUGACUCCUCUCUUGCUCUUCCUUUUUUGUGCGUCUCCUGAUCGACAUCAGUCCAGCACCUCUUCACCAGCAGCAAAUUCAUUUAAAAGAAAGUUAAAAGCUAUUGCACUUCCGGUGACUCAGGAGUCAAAGCCAACGUGUCUAGGGCCGAAACUGUAGUAUACUUGUAUUUCCCUUUCUGGGGGGAGAGACAGAGAGAAAGGGAAAGAGAGAGAGAGAGACUGAUUGUGUGUGUGUCUGUGUAUGUGUGUAUAUGUGAGAGAGAGUGAAGAUGAGUCUCCAGAGAGCCUUUUUUUCAUGUUAUCCAAUUGCACAACGCUUAUUUUAACUUCUCUCCGGAGAUACCUUAGACCUCCAAGAGAUCAGGAGCCAUAGAGUUGCAAGUGUGAGACCUGAGACCUACAGUCUGUUUAAAUGGUACACCCCCAAGGUGUUAUCUUUCUGUGGAUUUCCAUUGAUCUGACACUUAAAAAAUGAACCAAAGUACUGUAUUUGGCUAUCUGCAGUGUUUUCCAAACCAAAUGUUUCUGUUCUAUGUUCUUCAUUUUAAAGACUUGGUGCAAUAGAAGCUGCACAGAUGUGCCACUUUAUGAAACUGGAGUUUUGUAUAACCGAUCAAUUGUAGAUUAAAAGCAAAGCUUUCGAGUUGUUUUUA